AUGGAAGAAAGCGACAAAGCCAUCGACCCUGGCAUCAUGGACGUCGACCCAACUAUAAGCGACAGCGUCGCUUCAGAAGCUGUCGCUCAUGCCGAUUCGGACGAGACACUUCGACUUCGAAACCUUGAUGCCCACGUCCAGGAUCAGGAUGAUCUUGAGCGCAACAUUGGCCGCAAAGCAGACAGACUUCUCUUCGAGCAAGCUAAUCAGCGAGAUCAACAGAGACUCGAAAAGUCUAAAGCGCAAAGAGAAAAGCUGCAAAACCAGAUCCGAAAAGUGCGUGAAGAGAUCAGUCGGCCUAUCGGCAUCACCCAACGCACAAAAUUGCGACGAGAUGUGGAUCGAAUGCAAGGUCAGAUACAAAGUCUAGACGACGACAUUGCCGACAUUGAAGGAAGAAUGCAUGACCGAGAGACACAGGCGGGCCAGGUUGACGAGCAUGAUGCUUCUUCCACUGGACGUCUGCCAAAUGAGACGCAGCGAGAUUUCUUGAUCCGAACUGGAAAGAUUACGCCUUUCUCCAAGUUCGGACUCUCGACUCAUGGCGAAUCAUCAGCCACUCUUGAAGGUGCUCUUCUGGAUGCUGAAGAAGAGACUGGCCUUGCGGAGCUAAAUCCCGAUCUUGCUGAUGGCAAGGUCAUGUCUCAUCGAAACCUCAGACAGCCUGGCUUCGCUUCAAAUUUUGUGGAUUCGACCACAGAAGACGACUCAAGCUCUGAUCAGCCACGAAAGCGAAGACGACUGGUCAGAAAUACCAAGAAGGCUGGCGAUGACGAUUCGUAUGAUGAAAGUUCUCAACACGAUGAGACUAUGACCGACUCCGUUGAUGAAGCUGAGGCUGAUUCAAUGCCUACCACCGUCGGCAAGAAGAAAAGAGUUCGACAAAAUCAACUCGCCGGGAUCGACGACGAUGUCGAGGACUUCCGCGGCAUUGACGACGGUAAUGAAGCAGUGUAUCGAUCACGGGUCAAAAAAUGGGCUCUUAGACGACGACGUGCCAGAAAACAUGUGCUAGGGGCCGAAGCAAACGAAAUAACCGAAGAUGAUGAUCCAGAUACGAUUACAAAAGAAGAAGCCCACCUCCCUCAUCCCGAGAUUCCUGACACCGUCUUCGACCAAGGCUACAAGCUUCCCGGAGAUAUUUAUCCUAGUCUCUUCGAUUAUCAGAAGACCGGAGUGCAGUGGCUAUACGAGCUGUAUACACAGCAGGUUGGAGGCAUCAUUGGUGAUGAGAUGGGGCUAGGCAAGACCAUUCAAGUCAUUUCCUUCUUGGCAGGCCUACACUACAGCAACAAAUUGACCAAGCCGGUCAUCGUUGUGUGUCCAGCCACAGUCAUGAAACAAUGGGUCAACGAGUUUCACAGAUGGUGGCCUCCUUUCCGUGUCGCCAUUUUGCACUCUUCUGGAAGUGGCAUGAUCAACGUACAGAAAGAGGCCACCAAAGAAGACCGACUACUCGACAUGGAGUGGGAUCCAAACCGAGGCCGCCAGCCAUUGACAUCCGCUCAAAAGGCAGCCCGACGCGUCCUCCACCCUAUCUUGGAAGAAGGUGGUGUUCUGGUGACGACCUACUCGGGUUUGCAAACUUACGCACCGCUUCUUAUCCCUGUUGACUGGCAAUAUGCAAUUCUAGAUGAAGGUCACAAAAUCAGAAAUCCUGAUACUGCGAUAACGAUCUAUUGUAAAGAAUUGCGUACACCGAAUCGAAUCAUUCUCUCUGGCACACCCAUGCAAAACAACCUGAUCGAAUUGUGGUCGUUGUUUGACUUCGUCUUCCCUAUGCGCCUGGGCACGCUGGUCAACUUCAGGAAUCAAUUCGAAAUACCCAUUCGACAAGGUGGUUAUGCAAAUGCUUCCAACCUACAGGUUCAAACAGCUUUCAAGUGCGCCGAGACAUUGAAAGAUGCCAUCAGCCCUUACUUGUUGCAGCGGUUCAAGGUUGAUGUUGCCUCAGAUCUUCCCAAGAAGAGUGAACAGGUCCUUUUCUGCAAGUUGACACCGUUGCAGAGACGUGCAUAUCAGCGUUUCAUCGGUUCCGGGGAGAUGGAUGCUAUUAUGAAUGGCAAACGUCAAGCCCUCUAUGGAAUUGAUAUCCUUCGAAAAAUCUGCAACCAUCCCGAUCUGGUGGAUCAUAAGCGCUUGUCCAUUCAAGCUGGCUAUAAGUAUGGCGACCCUGCAAAGUCUGGCAAGAUGCAAGUUGUUGGCUCACUCUUGGAGCUCUGGAGAGACACUGGUCACAAAACCCUUCUAUUCGCUCAACAUAGGAUCAUGCUUGAUAUCCUCGAAAAGUAUGUCAAGUCUCUGUCAGGCUUCAAGUAUCGCCGCAUGGAUGGAAACACUCCAAUUCAGUUGCGACAGAGUAUGGUCGAUGAGUUCAACACUGACCCUGACCUCCACGUCUUUCUUUUGACUACCAAGGUUGGUGGACUUGGUAUUAAUUUGACAGGAGCAGAUCGAGUUAUUAUAUAUGAUCCGGAUUGGAACCCUUCCACUGACCUGCAGGCUCGCGAGAGAGCAUGGAGACUUGGGCAGAAGCGCGAAGUGACGAUUUACCGUCUUAUGACCGCAGGCACGAUAGAAGAAAAGAUCUACCAUCGGCAAAUCUUCAAACAGUUCCUGACAAACAAGAUCCUGAAGGAUCCCAAGCAACGUCAGACCUUCCAUUUGAAUGACCUCCAUGAUCUAUUCUCUCUUGGGAAUGAGGGAGCACCCACCGAGACCAGCGAGCUCUUCAAAGAUGCUCAAGUACAAUAUGGUUCGACAUCAGACGCAAAGCAGAAGAGUGCACCUUCGACCGCAAAGGAACAAACUACUGCUGUUCCUGAUAAAGGUAUCGAAGCGUUGCCUGGUAUAUCUUCCAUGGAACAGUAUGCCGGUGAAGUGGAAGAAGAACAGAAGGCUAACAAAGAGGGAGCGAACAAUUCCGAGGCCAGAAUGAUGGAAGGUAUUUUCGCCAGAUCCGGCAUUCAUUCUGCGGUCGAACAUGAUGCGAUCAUCGAUGGUACAAAGCCUGGAAAGGUCAUGGCAGAUCCGGUACUGGUGGAGCAAGAGGCCCGAAGAGUGGCGGCGGAAGCUGCCAAAGAACUGAGGCGUGCAGGUGAAAUCGCUCGUACCAUUCCAGUCGGAACUCCAACUUGGACCGGACAAUUUGGUGUUUCAGGUCGGCCGCAAGAAACAAGUGCGCAACGAGCCUUCAGCUCGGGUCCUCGUGCCAGAGGUGCAGGCAUACAGUCUUCAAGUCUCCUUGCUGGUUUGCAACAACGGCAGGCAGGGCUGGGAUCAAGCCGUGGCACAACGCCCAGAACUUUAAGUCCAGCACGAUCGUCAGCUUCGCCAGCUUCAGUAUCUCGCUCUGGUACUCCCGCGAUACCACAAGGUAAAGAUUUUGGGAAGCUGAUUCGAGAUUAUCUUUCAAGCCAUGGUGGGAGCGUGUAUACUCAGAUGUUGAUCGAUCACUUCAAUCGGUUCUGCACGACGCCCCAAGCUACAGCUGAAUUCAAAGAGACUCUCAAGUUGAUCGCGAGACUUGAAAAAGGAAGUCGUGGUCGUGGUCGCUGGGUGUUGAAGGACGAGUACAAAAAGUAA